ACCUCAAGUUCUAGCGAGGAGCAAACUGUGCAGGGAGCUAAUAUACAAAAGUCGGGACACCGUUCGUUUAAUAGAUCUGCCUCCUCUAGGCAAAAGCCGAGCCCGACAUCAAAACUAAAAGACACCCUGAGCAGAAAGCCCACUUGCAAGCAGGGCACACUUUCUGCACACACGAGCACUAGCAGCACCACUUCAAUUCAGUCAUCACCCAUCGAGCCAGCUUCCUCUCUACCCACGCUGAACACCACGCCUACACUACCGGCAGCCAGCAAAAGCAAUCUAUUUGUGCGAGUGCUACGACGCUUUUCAAGUAACUCCCUUCCCGGCAAGACGGCGUUAAGCCCGAAAAACGUAGACGACGUACCGAAAGUCAACGAUAACAACAACGGCGCUCUGAGCAUACAGCAAUCGACCGAUGUAGAGGUGCUUGGCUCUCAGGACAACCAGAGCAAGAAACAGAAUGAGGACGGAAUGGAUGGCAAAACAGACCCUGCAGAUGCCAUAACCCACCAGAAAGCUGGUCUUACUUUGGGCAAACCUAAAAAAGACAAGUCUGUCAAGGGGACGUCGCAAGCGGUUUCUUCAGACACCAAGAAAAUGGAGGCCAGGAAGUCCUCCUCGGACACGGUGAUCGAGCCAUUGAUCAAGCAGCAGGCACCACUGCACUCGUCAAAAACCACGCCAACGACAUUGACGGCGAACUUUGUGCAAAACAUUCGAUUCGUCCGUAAAAAUGUGGAACAGUCAGGCAGGAACACCAAUCCGCUGCAGUUCGUUGAACUCGAGACGGAGUUUCCUCGGGACUAUGACGACAACAUCGAGAUGCUUUCCCGCGAGGCAGAGCAUCUGGAGGAGCAGUUCCGCACGCCAACGCGCUCCAAUGCUACGGAUGCCACUUCCCACCAUGUGGCCGGAAUCAUCGACAACAUAAUAACCGAAGCGUCACGGAGUCUUACAAUCGAAAAGACUGAAGAUGAUGUGCCAUUGAAGUCUUCUACCAAGCACUCAAGUGGGGUAAAACGCGUUGGCUUUCAAGUAGAGGAUAAGGACGAUACCGAAGUUCAGAGCGAAAAGCAGGCAAAGAGCAUCGACGAUAUAACCAAAAAGACGGAGAGCUCCGAGGCUAGCGCAGAGGAAGCUACUGUCACCGGGGCCUCGACAGAUGCAUCUGCAUCCCUGCUGCCCUCCACGUCGACGGUAUCCACCACAUCUUCAGCUACAUCGAUAACCAAGAGCAAGAGCGAUGAGGACGAUGAUCCGGUGGCCAUGUCGCCGUGCGGACGAUUCUUUAAGUACGAUAAGGAAGUCGGACGUGGAUCCUUUAAAACUGUAUAUCGUGGCCUGGACACGUUGACGGGUGUUCCAGUUGCCUGGUGCGAAUUAUUGGACAAGCAAGUAAAAAAAAGUGAACGUACCAGAUUUCGCGAGGAGGCAGACAUGCUGAAGAAACUUCAGCACCCAAACAUUGUGCGGUUCUAUACAUAUUGGGAGUUUCCCAUUGGCCGCAAGAAAAAUAUUGUACUAGUCACCGAACUAAUGUUAUCUGGAACUUUAAAAUCCUAUUUGAAACGAUUCAAGAAAAUACACCCAAAGGUAUUGAAGUCAUGGUGUCGCCAGAUCCUAAAAGGCCUCAACUUCCUGCAUACUCGUCAAUUUCCUAUAAUUCAUCGUGAUUUGAAAUGUGAUAAUAUUUUUAUAACUGGCACCACUGGUAGUGUUAAAAUCGGCGACUUGGGCCUGGCAACUUUGAAAAACCGCUCCCACGCGAAAUCUGUGAUUGGUACGCCGGAGUUCAUGGCCCCGGAAAUGUACGAGGAGCAUUACGACGAGUCGGUGGACGUAUAUGCAUUCGGUAUGUGCAUGUUAGAGAUGGCCAUUUCGGAAUAUCCUUACAGUGAGUGUAAGGGUCCGGCCCAGAUCUACAAAAAGGUGAUUUCAGGAAUUAAGCCAGCGGCGUUGGCUAAGGUGGAGGAUCCCAACGUGCGCGACAUCAUCGAACGGUGCAUUGAACUAAAAAAGGAGGAUCGGCCCAGCUGCAACGAACUGCUAGAAUCCGAGUUCUUUGACGAGGAUAUUGGUAUACGAGUAGAGCCAACUGCUUCGGAACAGUUUCUUUCUGAUCCGAGCAUCAGCAUCAUCGAGUUCCGACUGCGAUUUAUGGACCCCAAGAAGCGCUCGUCCCGUCAUAAGGAAAACGAGGCAAUCCAGUUUGAGUACAACAUCAAGCAUGAUGAGUACGAACAGAUUGCGCAAGAAAUGAUGAAGGAAAAUAUUAUAUCUGAGGACGACUCUCGCGCUGUAGCUCGGCUUUUAAAGGUGCAAGUGGUGUCGUUGCUUAAGGAACGUGCCCAGCGUCAAACUCAAAUCAAGCUGCAAAACGAAAAGUCUCGUUUAGAAAAGUUGGCAUUGCAAAAGCAACGUGAGAGUUUGCCGACCAACGUCGAUGAAGAUGAGGAAGAGGAGGAUGAGUCUGAGGACGAGGAGGAUGGUGUAAAAUGGAAUCAGCGCCUGCAGCUAAGGUAUGACCUGCUUAACACUGAUUCAGAAACAAGCCUUGCUCUAUCCACGAACAGCGUCGAACCGCAACAGCUUUCCACUCGGUCGAACACUUCGAUUCCGAACAGUGGCAUACAGCAACCUGUUCAGGUCCCAGGUCAAGUUGCUGUUUCUCAGUUGAUCUCGGUGCAGCCACAGGCUAUUCCGUCACCGGCUAUUCCCAUGCAACAGAAGCCAACUGUGCACUACAUUCAACCGCCACAGCUGGCGUCAUAUCAAAAUUCGAAUGCACCGAUACAGGAGAUGACCAAUAACCAGGUCAUAUCGCCGACGGGCAGUCAACAGAUGCAACAGCAACCACCUGUAGUGGCAUCGACAGUGAAUCAUCAGGUCAUGCCACAGCAACAAGUCAACCAACAGCAGCAGCCACAAAUGAUGCAGCCGAUACCCCAGCAAGUUCAAGUACAGCAAGUUGGUCCGCAACAACAGCCCCAAACUGUUUUGCCACCGCAGCAACAUGAGCAGCAGCCACAGCAACAACAACAGCCACUGCAGCAGCAACUGCAACAGCUUAUGCACCCUAACGUGCAAGCUCCGGAUUUGACUCAACAGCAACAAAUGGCUCAGCAACAGGCCCAGCAAUAUUUUCAGCAGCAACAGCCUCAACAGGCCGUAAACAUGCAACAAGCUUAUGCAAUGCAGCAAGCAGGCCAGCAGCAACAGCUUUCGCAGCCUCUUCAAAUUCAGCAACAGAUCUUGCAGCAACAACAAGCUGCUGUCUCACAUCAGCAACAGAUUAUGCACCAGCAACUGGCCCAGCAUCAGCUGCAACAACUUCAGCAGCAACAGCUUCAACAACAACAAAUACAACAGCAGCAACAACAGCAGAUGCAACAACAGCAACUCCAACAACAACAACAACUUCAACAACAGCAAUUCGUUCAGCAGUAUGCGCAGGCUUUGCCGCAGCAACAACAUCAGCAACUUGUUACGGGAUCGCAAGUGAUGGCACCGCAUCAGCAUCAGCAACCUAUUCAGAUCCCAGUUCAGAUUCAAGUUCCACCAACUUCUGUGGCUCCUCAAAUACAGCAGACUUACAACCAACAGGGCCCACAAGUAACACUUAGUGAUCCCCAACAGCAUCCCGCAUUUUCGGCCUUACCACCACAGCCAACGCAAUUUAUACAACAGCCCACUCAGCAACCCAUACAGUUAUCAAUGCCGUUGGAACAACAAUUACAGCAAUUGCUGCAUAGCCAGACAGCCCAGCAACAACAACAAGCUAUAAGUCAUCAGCAGCAACAGUCCUUGGUGCAACAGCAACAACAGCCUUUGGUCCAACAGCAGUCGCCUUUGGUCCACCAUCAGCAGCCUCUGGUCCAACAUCAGCAGCCUUUGGUACAACAGCAACCACAGCCCCAGACACAGCAACCACUCGUUGUUCAGCAACAACCACAGCAGCAACCUGCAGUAGAUCAAAUCUCACAGAUUUCUUCGCAAGGGCCUGUGCAACAGGAAAAUUUGCAGGCAAUACAAGUCAACAAAGAAGCAAAUGUCGCAACGGAAGCAAUGUCUGUAAAUAGCGUCCAUGGUACCCUCGAAACUGCACCGAAGACAGAAACCCAGAACUCUGCUGAUGCGGAUAAGCAGCAAAAGCAGUCAGGCACGGGCACACGCUCCCAGAAACCGAGGCGAUCCAACCGGAGCGGAAACGAAAGGAUUCCCAAACUAAGUGUUACCAGCGUCGACGAGGGCAGCGUCAUCAACUGCCAUAUGGAAAACAAACUUAAAACGAUUACAUUUAAAUUCGACAUAGGAGAUGUAAAUCCGGUUGAAAUAGCCAAUAAAUUGAUUGCCCAAGAUUUGCUUUCUAAUUGUCAAAGUACAGUUUUUGUGGAAAUGAUCAAUGAAAUAGUUGACCAAGUCAAACAGAAUCCUAAUCAAAUCCCUAUACCGACUUAUUAUCGCCGAAAUAUUGAAAAGCGGGAUGAAACCGCCAGCGAUAUCACAAAGAUGUUCGAGCCCACUAUCCAUGGCGUUGAAACCCUGCCAUCCGGUGGAGGAGGAGCUGAACAGUCGAACUCAAACUUGACCUUAGAGGCCAGGUCCCAUGUACCCAACCUACCAAAUGCGAAGGAACCACAGCUGAAUGUCAGCACUCCGCCCACAACCACUUCGACCAUGUCUUCCUCAUCAACCGCAUCGAGGGAUGCGCCCAAUAGCAGCAAUGACGUGACCAUCGGUUCUGGUUCCGUUUCUCGAAAAACGAGCACGGCCUCGGAGUACACUUCGCUAUCGAUUGACUAUAUGCCCGACAGCAACAUUACUCCAACUGGUCCGGAGCCACCGCUUGACAAUGGAAAGGAUAAGAAGCCUUGCUCCUUUGCUAUAGCCAGAAUGCAAAAGCUCUUGGAGUCGGCCGGCAAUGGUGCUCCUCGCAGUCUGAAUUUGCCCUUGAAUCGUCACUUAAAGAUUCAAGAAGACUUAAAGCAUACUAGAAGUCUUGACGAUUUGACGGCAGUGAAAAUAACCUUUGACAUGCCCAACAAGGCCGCAUUGGGAACUUCGGAAAACGCCCAGCAAGGAACAGAAGCGGAAGCGGAGAAGCCAAAAGAUAAGUCCGCACAGGCUGUGGGCAACCAGGGAACCGGAGCAGCCAAUACUCUAGAGCAGCUAAAAAUAGAACUGGAGAACAUAACUCAUGCCCACGCUUUCGCUUCUGCUGUAGUGGCCUCGAUUAACAACAGAGCUCCUCACCAGGCUUCCCCAGCAAUGUCCACCCUAAAGGCCACCUCUGGACAACCACAAACCCAAGAGAUAAUCAAGUCAAACAACGGAGCAGGAACUUCAGCACCCUCAGUGGGUCAGAAUACUCCCACUGCAGCCUUAACGUCCGCCAGGGGCUCUGGCUCAUCCGUCUACAACUCACGUCGCACAUCCAUUGACAACAGCAUGGGAUCCGAUGUGCACCUGCACACUGCCACUAAUCUGGAGGGGACAGUGAGCAACUCGGAUCCGACUCCAACUGAGGCAUCGGUUGGAAUUACUAUCGGCACGGGUCAUGAGAAACAACUUUCCAAGCAGCCCAGCUUGGAAAAACCAUCUACCACUUCCAUUUCAACGAACAGCAGUGAUCCUCCGCAAAGAAAUCCCAGCAAUGGAUCAAUUAACCAAAAUUCAAUUGCGGAUUUGGAAAAGAAAUUGGCAGCUUUGCGAAAUACUGAAAACACAGACGAGUCUUCAUCAGCAACAUUGUCUGUGGUUCCUAAACAAGUUGAAGAAGUCGUUAACCCAAGCGCGCGUAAGAUUUCGCGUUUCAGUGUCAGUCGUGUGCAGGAGCAGAAAACUUCAACCGGAGUUGAAGAACCUGCUCAGGGUCAACUGAAGAUCGACCUCCAAGUCGCCGGCCCUGGAGGCCAGGUGCAGACCAACAACUCCGUUCAGAACGGCAGCGUGGUCAACACUCCAACCGAAGUCAUCAGCUCUCCCAUUCAAAAUGUUCCGCUAGCUAUCAACGGAAUUCAGUUGAUAUACCAACAGCCCCAGCAAAUCCACCAGUUGCCAGGUGGAACCUCAACUACUACAAGUGGAGCAGGGGCUCAGUGCAUUGUGGUACCUCAAGUUGUUAAUGGCACCCACGUGCAACAGCUAUCUAACAUACAACCACAGCAGCAGAGUGUGCAUUCAAAUAUGACACAACAGCCACAGCAACCACCACUUAAUGGGCUCCCAUCAAUGGUUAACACUCUUCAACAGCAGCCACAACAACAACCCUUACCGAUGCAGACGGUUCAGUCGCAGCAACAGCAGAAUCAAAUGCCUAUUAUCUCGCAACAACAGCAGCAGCAGAUCCUGAUUCAGCAGCAACAGCAACAGGGAUCUCAGCAAGGAUCACAGCAAUUUAAUUUGCCUGGCACACAACAGACUCAUCCCCAGCACCAAUUUAUCCAGUCGCAGCCCAACCAACUUCACACGCUUCCACCACAGGUGGUGAGCAUGGCUCAGGGAAAUAUGCCGCAUCAGCUUCCACCCAUGCAGACUAUGGGUGCCCAACAGCAAAUGAUCUCGCAACAACAGCAUCAGUUGCAGAUGCAAUCGCACAUGCACCAACAAAACGUGCCCGGAAUGUACAACCAGCAGGCUGGAGCUCAUGUGGCAGCACCUCAAAAUUUUGCCAGUGCUGUGCCAAAUCAUUUGUUGCAGCAGUCCCCAUUGAUGGGGUCUCAGCAGCCAGCACAGACCAUGCAACACGUAAUGCAACCAAUUUUUAAUGCAACGUCUGGUGAAGUUACCGAAGAGCCUGUAUCUUUAGCAGCUACGCAUCCGCAUUUGCUACCGAGCGAUAUUCAAUCCGAUAUAAAGCACAAUUUAGACUCAUUAGUGAACCAAUUGUGCAAUACGCGCUUGGGUACCAACCAGCACCAACGGCUGUUGCUGUUGCGUCAGAGACAACUCAUCGAAGAGGACGAGCUGCGUCUUAAACAUUAUGUGGAAUACGAAAAGUUUCAAAAGGCACUGCGCCAAUCUAUUAGCACAAACGUUCCAGCUAAUGCAGCUUACUAUUCUUCGGCUGCCGCACAGCUUUCAACCAAUUUGGCAGCUCCAGCAGCUUCGUCCUCAUCGAAUUCGACAUCCACUAGCUCCGCAAACACAUAACUUCUCUAAAUGUUUUGCUUCAUGCACUUUUGACAAGCCAUACUAACAGCUCUACUCUAUGUUCUCGGCAAUAUAAUUGGCUCGAGCUGGAGGACGUGGAUCUGGAGGUAGAUUUUAAGUAAAAAGUUGUCGAAUGUUACGGGGUUGUCUGUAAAUAUUAGUCAAACGCUUCUUGUUGAUAUGCCAUUGUUUUAUAUUUCUCUUUCUGUUUAAUUUUUUAUUUAAAAUUCCUUAUUUCCCAACUUGGCUUUCGUUUAUUUGUUUAAAAUAAAUAUUAAAUGUUUUGUAUGAACUUUUUAAGGAAAUUGUAAAUUUGAUUAGUAAAAGGAACUGUAAAUAAACAUUUCGAUAAUGUAAUAAUUUAACAA